AUUACCGACUCCUGUUAGGAUGUCCACUUUCUACCCACCCGACCCAAAUCCUAAUCCCAACCCAAACCAAUAGAAUAAUUUAUGUUUUUAUUUUUUAAGGAAAUAAAAACAAAAACCCUUCGACUGUUGAAGAGGAAGAAGGGUUUUAGGUGAGGUGGAAGAGAUGAGCCGUGCAGGAGCACCGGACUUCUUCUAUAGGGAGGCUCAACGCCUUGGCUACGUCGCUCGCUCUGCUUUUAAGCUCCUUCAGAUACAAAAUCAAUACAAGCUCAUCAAACCUGGAUCUUCAGUUCUUGAUCUUGGCUGUGCCCCCGGUGCUUGGCUUCAGGUAGCUUGCCAGAGCUUGGGACCAGUAACAAAUGGCGGGGCUGUUGUGGGGAUCGAUAUUAAGAAGGUGAAGGUUCCUUCUCUUCACUGUGAUGCAAGGGUUCAAACUUUUUCAGCUGAUGUAUUGAAUCUACCCAAAACUCAACUAAGGGCGGUCUCACCUAAGCAAAAAGGAUUUUCCGCGAUACUCUCAGAUAUGUGUCCCUCAGUUUCUGGAAUUACAACUAAAGAUGCAGCUUUAUCUACUGAGUUAGGGAUGCGAGCUCUUGAUUUGGCUGUUGGUCAUGCUGCCUCACCUCAUCCAGUUGGUGAUCAAGGGGAGAGACAUCUGAAUGAUUCAAAUUCUGAUCCAGAUGAAAAUGGUGUUUUGAAACCAGGUGGUCACCUUGUCAUUAAGCUUCUAGAGAGUGAGGAUGUGAAAGAAUUUAGCCAAAUUUGCAAACCACUCUUCAGAAAGGCAUCAUGGUUGCGGCCUAAAGCUACAAGAUCAUCAUCCAGAGAGAUUUAUUUAAUUUGUCAAGAUUUACUAUCGAAGUGAUGAGCAACUUGCACCCAGUGACUGGAAAUGAACAGGCAAGCAGAUUACUGAUAAAAGAAGAAAAGAAUACUUUCUGCUGUAUAUCCUUUUGAAACAUUUGUUGCAUUAUAAAAACAUGCAAGUUACCAUGUUUUAACUGUAUGCAAUAUCCUAGGCAGGCAUAUGUUAUAGAAUAUGUGGAGUAUAGAAUCUGGUCAGGAAAUUCAUUCAAGUUUUAAUUCUAUGGAGUAAUGGUUCUCUUUCA